GUUAACACAUAAUAAUCAGUCAGUAAAAUGGUUAACGCUGACUAACAAGGUUUGGAUUUAAAGGAUAAUUUUGGAUCAAAAUGCGAGGAAGACCGAAAACUUGGAAAAAGAACAGAAGAAAUAAUAGAGGAGCAUCUGACUUUGAGAACAACGUCAAAGGAGGGUCAAGAAAUUGACAAUCAUCCCCACGAUCAGAGUGAUACAAGAGAGCAAAUAAACGUUUUGAAAGGUGAAGUCAGACAGCUCUCGGAAGAAAAGGAUCAGUUGUCAUGUACCGCCUUGGAACGGGAGCUGCAACAGAAAACAGACAAAAUGGCAUUCUACGGAACCAACUGUCUGAAUUCGAAACCAGUUUCGACGCAAGCAUCCUUAAUGUCGAAAUAACACGGGAAAAGGAACAGAUAUCUGAGUUAAACCAGCAGCUAGAUGAGACGAAACAAACGAUCACAAAAUUAAAUGAAACGGUCGCAGAAAAUGAGAAGAAAAUAGAAGUUUUGAAAUGUGAAGUCAGACAGCUCUCGGAAGAAAAGGAUCAGUUAAGUGGAUAUAGUGAGACAAACAAGACAAGGAUAGAAGAACUUCAAAAGAAGGUUACAGACAAAAAUGAAAAGAUAAAAGAAAUCGAAAAGGAAAAUAGAACCUUAAUAAAAUAUAUUGAGGACCAAAAUGGUGCAGUAGCAGAGCUUACGAAACAACUGGAAUAUAUGACUAAAUUGGCACAGCUACGAUGGGAAUUGCAUCAGAUGAGUGACACAGCCGAGCAGAACAGUGUUCUACAAGAAAGGGAGCUGCAAAAUAAAACAGAAGAAAUUGGCAUUCUACAGAACCAACUGUCCGAAUACGCAACCAGAAUAAAACAACUUGAGAAAUACUGUCUCUUGUAUUACUGGCUGCAUUCGGACUGCCAUGUCUCUCUUCAAACGCCUACAGGAACAUAUAUAAGUAUCCACCCACCUGGAACAAAGGGAUUUCACCCAAAUCAACUGAACGUUGUACACUCUCUGGAGGAGGAUAUUAAGCGCCUUGGGGAUCCAGCUGAGAUUAUUCCUUUAGGCAGUCUUAAUUUUGACGAAAUAGAUAAAUGGCACAUUACAACUGAUGUACGCAAUCUAAGGUGGACUGAGGAUUACAGUAUGCUUGAAACUGCUCUCAGAAAAGGAUCGAAGAAAUUUGAUGAACACUUAGCAAAACACAAACCCAGCAAUCCACGAACAAAAAGUCCACUCUACAUCUAUGCAGCUGCCUGGGACCAUUCACAUUCAUAAACGGUCUCUGAUAAUGUCAGCAAGAUCUAGUAGUAUUUAAGUUUCAUGAUAAAUUUAGUACCUACUCUUAGUAAUACUUUCAAAAGAUUUUAUCUAGCUAGCUGAAUUAAUUAUAACAUUUGUACCAACUACGCAUUACUGUGCCAUACUCUUGAAAGAACCAUUAUACAAUGUGAAGUUAACUAGAGGAACGUGCGCCCGUACAGCCGGGAAAACAUGUUGAUGUUAUAACUCUAUACUGUGCUAUAAUCCAUCACACUUUUUUUGUAAUUUUAUGAUCAUAGAAUAACAUGGAUAAUCCAUGAAUAAAUUAAGAAACGGCUUUUAUAAAUAAUUGUACUAAUAUAGUAGCUAUUUCAAAACUUUACGCUUUUAUUACUAGGUCACCAACUUUUUGUUUUGAUUUGCUUAUGUAUGUUUGUUGUUCAUUACGUAAAAUAAACUUAAGCUUAUGUUUCUCGUAAGCAUGUACAAGACUUAAAGGGACUGUACACCAGAUUGGCACCAAAAAAAUAAUAAUUCUGUACUGAAUCUCAGGACAAUUCUUUUAUAGAAUGUGAUACGCUUUGAUGUCAUAAUUGUAAAAAAGUAACAAAAUUUAAAAAAAAAAUGUGUAGGAAACCGGGUUCGAUCCCGUGUCGCCAAAAUUGCAGGCGAGCGCUGUAUCCACAGAGCUACGAAGGAUUACUCUAAACGAGUGGUAUAUUUAAGCUAUAUACCAAACUUGGUUAUAUCACGUGAUAACAUCGACUAGCCAAUCACGCAUAAGGAAUAAAUUCUACUAGGGAGACAUACCCAGUAAACUUUUUUAAUGGAAAAAUACGAAAUAACUGCUAAACUUAAAUAAAUUGUAAACUAUGCGGUACUUCAGUGAGUUAGUGUACUGUACACAUAAAUACCAAGUUUAUGUCAGUUUUCGACAAUUUUCUUUUUUUCUUGCAAAUUGGUCAUCUGGUGCACAGUUGCUUUAAACUUUUUUAACUGUAUUUUGCAGCUUGUAUAAAUGAAUCAUUUGAUUGCGUGAACAAUAACUUUGUGUGAAGGCAUCUCACAAAACCCUAGACAAUUGUGAUAUUGGAAAGUUCCCAGAUUUGAUUGCUACUUUAAAUCUGCACUCUCACGGAUUUUCCGUUUUUACAACUUUUUUUGUCUUCGGAAAGCGCAAAUUUUUGCAUAAAUACCUGCAAACCAAUGAUUAAAGAUGGCUGACAAAAGAUCAGAUCGCAGAUUUUCAUAUUUCCGUUCGAAAAUAAAUGUUUCAUGGCUUAAUGGUUUAAGAAAAAUGCAUAAAACAUCAAUUUUUGAACUUGAAUAUAAAAAUCUGCGAUUUAUUUUUGUCAGCAGUCUAAUAUAACUGGUUUCCAUGGAAUUUCGCAAAAAUUGGCUGGUUCCAAGACAACAAAAAAGUUGUCAAAACGUUCAAUCUGUAAGAGUGCAGCUUUAACACAACAAAUGAUAAUAUUACAAAACGUCUGGGACCAUUCUCAUUGGCAACCUGCAUCUGCUAAAACUUAAACUUACAAAAGAUAAUAAGAACUAAUGGUUCUAAACAUAAUUUAUCUUUGUUGCAUACAAUGUUUCUUAAGGGCAAAGACCUAUAUUACUUUAAAAACAGCUAAACUAUAACACUUAUCCAUUCAGCUUUUCAGAUUUAAUAGGAUUGAAGUUUAAACAGCUAGUUUCUAGAGUGUUUUUUUUUAUUUAUUAACAAAAUAAAUGUAUUUAAACUUUUAAUUAUUAGUUAUCUGAACAACAAAAAGGGAAAAACUAUAAGAAGAUGAAUUCACAAAUCUACCAAUACCUAGGCAGACACUAUGGUUAAGGGGUGUUAAAUUGAUCCUCUUGUUAGGUCUUUCGAAUGUGUAUUGUUUUCAGUCUUAAUGGAGCUAUUAAGAGCUGGCACUGUUGCCCCUUCUUUAUUUAACUGUUUGCAGGUUGUGUUUGUAUAUAGUCAUUGAGGACUUAUAAUUUAUGUUGUGGACUUUGUUAUCAUCUUGUCCAGCGUUUCGUUUUGCACGAUGUCACGGACGUGCCUAGCAUUUUUCAUCUUUACAUUCGUUAUUGAAGGGCGUUGACAAGUCCCUAGUUCUUAACAGGCAACCAUAACACAAAUGUUAUAAACUGAAUCAUUUAAGAUCAUUUGAAUUUAAGGUAAUAAAACCUAAACAAGUU